ACCUCCCGGAAGAAAGUAUGGGUACUGAACAUUUUCGCCAGGACAGAAAGGAAGUAUCGUGCAAUUUCUAAAAGGUUAAUGUUGAAAUGGCAUCAUUCACGGCUCGUGUGAUUAUUUGCAUAUUGGCGCUGUUAAACUUUAUCUUUGUUUUUAUAACUGGUGCAGAAUUCGUACGUUUUAUCUCUUUUCGUGUGAUAUAUCAUAACAUCACCGGAGAUUCAUCACUAUGUCAAGACUCUGUACCAUGGUCUGUAGCGUUGUGGGACAGCUCUGUUCUCAAUGCGGUGGUCGUGGAUAUGGGGCUUCUAGCUCUUUUCGUUGUCCAGCAUAGCCUAUUGGCCCGGGCCCCAAUCAAGCAGGUCUGUCAGUCUGUCCUUGGGGUCCUGAAUCGGGCUAUGUACUGCUUCACCACUGCUUUGACUCUCCAGAUAUUGAUGCAGUACUGGGAGCCUGUGAAGGAGGCUCCCUGUCUGUGGUCAGUGCGUAAUGCCCCAUGGAAUACCUGGUUCCCUCUGCUCUGUUUCGCCCUGCACUUCCUCUGCUGGUCCAUCAUUUGCAGUAUACUGCUGGUCUUCGACUAUCCAGAACUACUGGGCGUCAAGCAGGUUUAUUAUGAGUGCCUUGGUUUGGGAGACCCUUUGGCUCUGAAGUCCACCCGGGCUCAGCGUCUCUUCGCCCACCUGCGUCACCCUGUGUGUGUGGAGCUGGCUGUGGUGCUCUGGCUCGUCCCUGCGCUGUCCCUGGACAGGCUGCUGCUAGCGGGGAGUCUGUCGGCCUACCUGGCCUUGGCUCACUCCCUGGACACGCAGGACUGUGCCUAUCUCAGGGUCCAGCUGCAAAGCAAACUGCAACUCUUUUCUCUGCCACACGGGGAUGCUGCUCAAGAAAAUGACACUAACAAGCAGGAGUAAAAUAAACUCAUUGGUUUUUAUAAAUGACACAUUAAAAGCCGGUUUCACCGCAAUAAAAAAUUUGUUAAAUGCUCAACAAUUAUGUUUAUACAAUUACACAAUUGGGGUAUCAAGGUGUCACGGUGAAAUCCCAAUCACAUGUUAUUAUUCAAUUAAAAGCAUAACACUUGCAUGUGGCGUAAACAGAAAACGGUCAAAAAACAAAUGUGCUUUAUUAAGGAGAACAAAAUUAAAGGAGCUGGGUCUCAUAAGG